AUGUCCUGGUUAUUUGGUUAUAGAAAACCGGUAUCAAAUCUUCCACCUCAAGGUUCCGGUGGUGAAGAUUCAUCUUCAUCUAGUAGAAAUGAGAAUGAAAAAUCAUCAGGAGGUGCUAUUGAUUCUAAAACUUUCGCUGGUCAUGAAUCUAUCUAUAAAUUUGAUUCAAGUGCUCUUGAACGAGCUGCACAUGCAGCAAAAGAACUUGAACGUUCACAAUAUGCUAAUCAAGCAUUUGAUGUUGUUAAAAUGCAAGAACAAACGAAACAACUUGAAAUACAAAAGCAAAUGAAAGAAUAUUCUCAACAUGAAGAAGAAAUUCGUUUUAAACAUCAACAACAAUUAAAUGAAGAAAAACGACGGAUGAUGAAUGACGAAACUCAUCAUCAAAAUGAAAGAGCAAAAUUUCAAGAUCAAUUAGCACGUAAACGAAUGCAAGAUCAAGCUGGUGAACAAGCUCGUUUACAAGAUGAAGAACGUCGUCGACAAGAAGAAUCAGUUCGAAAACAAGAAGAAAUGAAACAACGUUCAAUUGAAUAUGCUGAACAAGUUCGUCAUCAAUAUGAAAUGAAACGACUUGAAGCUGAAUUAAAAGGCAAAGCACAAAUCGAACGAGAAAAUCGUGAAAUUUAUUUAGAACAAAUUAAACUUAAAGCUGAAGAACAACGUAAAACUGUUCUUGAAAGUAUUAAAACAGCAGGUAGUGUUGUUGGAACUGGUAUAACAACUUUACUUGAAAAUCCAAGUAAAAUUCUUAUGGCUACUGGUGGUAUUACUUUAUUAGCACUUGGUGUUUAUUCAGCACGUGGUGCAACUCAAACAGCUGUUAAAUAUCUUGAUUCACGUCUUGGUAAACCAUCAUUAAUACGUGAAACAUCUCGAACAACAUUAUUUACUGUAUUUCGUUCACCAAUAAAAACAAUACGACGUUAUUUUUUUACUAAAGCUGAAGAUUCAUUACAAGGUGUAGUACUUGAUCCAACACUUGAAUCACGUUUACGUGAAAUAGCUAUUGCAACACGAUUUACAAAACGAAAUUAUGGUUUAUUUAGAAAUUUACUUAUGCAUGGACCACCGGGUACAGGAAAAACUCUAUUUGCUAAAAAAUUAGCAAAUCAUUCUGGUCUUGAUUAUGCAAUAAUGACAGGUGGUGAUGUAGCUCCAUUAGGUCGUGAAGCAGUUACAGCUAUACAUAAAGUAUUUGAUUGGUCACAAACAAGUCGUCGUGGUCUUUUAUUAUUUAUUGAUGAAGCUGAUGCAUUUUUACGAAAACGUGCAACAGAAAAAAUUGGAGAAGAUAUGCGUGCAGCAUUAAAUGCAUUUCUUUAUCGAACUGGUGAACAAUCUAGUCGUUUUAUGCUAGUAUUGGCAAGUAAUGAACCUGAACAGUUUGAUUGGGCUGUUAAUGAUCGUCUUGAUGAAAUGGUACAAUUUAAUUUACCAAGUUUAGCUGAACGUCGUCGAAUGACUUAUCUUUAUUUUGAUACAUAUAUUUUAAAAUCAGCCGAACGUCGUCGUCCAAUUAAAAUUGGUCCAUUUGAUUUUGAAAAAAAAUGUGAAGAAUUAGUACAAUGUACUGAUGGAUUUUCUGGUCGUGAAAUAGCUAAAUUACUUGCUGCUUGUCAAGCAUCAGCUUAUGCAUCUGAAGAUGGUACAUUAACUGAAGAGAUGAUCGAUAAGAAACUACGCGAUGCACUUGAAAGUCACCGUAAAAAAGUCGAAUGGCGUGCAGAAGAAGAACGUUAA